UCCUUAUGAUCAGACAUGAUUUAUGUAUUUCAGGUACAAAUUGAUCCAGCAUACCAACCCCCAGAGCUCUUGCAUGCUCUUGUCAAAGUAGAAGCCAAGGCUCUUAUUUGUGCAGAGAAAUAUAAAUCCAACAAUUGCUAUGAUAUGGUGCAAACAUUAAUCCCAGAAUUAAAUAAGAGUGCCGAGGGUGGAAUUGAAAUUACCAGCUCUAAACUUCCAGCUCUGAAGACACUCAUUGUUAUGAGUAAUGCACAACACAGAGGUGCUUAUCGGCUCAAGGACAUUAUCUUAUCUGCAAGUGAAGAGUACAUCCAGGAAGUAAAUCAGCUGCAGACACUCAUACAGCCGGACGAUGGAUGUACUGUUCAGUUCUCAUCUGGCACAACUGGAAGUCCUAAAGCAGCCCUCUUAAGCCACCAUGCCUUGGUCAAUAAUGGCUACUUCAUCAAAACACUCAUAAACAAAGACAGAAAGGGAGUAAAAGUGUGCGUUUUGACACAGUUCUGUCACUCUUCAGGCAGCUUUCAUGGCAUUAUUUGUAACCUACUUUUUGGCUACACUGUUGUUUUGCCUGCACCUACAUUUGAUGCUAAGAAAACUUUGGAAGCCAUUACACAAGAGAGGUGCACAGACUUGUUUGGAACCCCAUCAAUGUAUGUGGACUUAAUCAACACUUCACAAGACCUGAACCUUAAGGUCACAACACUUCAGGUGGCAGGAUGUGGUGGUGCACCAUGUAGCCAGCAGUUGGCCUUGCAGAUAAAGCAGACAUUAAAUGUCAGGCACUUGCGUCAAGGUUAUGGAAUGACAGAAGUGUCAGGAGUUUUUUUUUCAACACUUAAUGAUACCUUGGAGCAGGUCACAACUACAGUUGGCUGCCUUGUGGAUCAUUGUGAGGUAAAAGUGGUGGACAGAGAAGGACGCAUGGUUCCUAUGGGGACCCCUGGAGAGCUCUGGGUGCGAGGCUACAAUGUCAUGUUGGGAUAUUUCAAUGAUGAAGAAAAGACUCGGGAAUUCAUUCGUCCAGAUGGAUGGGCAAAAACUGGGGACCAGUUUGUGCUGCAGGAAGAUGGUUAUGCGAGAAUUGUAGGUCGAAUGAAGGAUGUGAUCAUUAGGAUUGGACUCAAAAUCUUCCCAUCUGAGAUUGAAGAGUUCUUUGAGACACAUCCUGACAUUAUGGAAGCUCAGGUAUUUGGAGUGCCAGACCCAAAAGUUGGAGAAGAAAUCUGUGUCUAUCUCAGACUUCGUGAGGGAGUCACCAUUACUGAACAAGAUGUCGUUGAUUUUUGUAAGGAUAAGGAUUGGUUGAAGAACAAAGUUUACAACAGUAACCCCCGAACGGAAGACCUGAAGGAAAAUACUCGGAGCCGAUCUGCACUUAUGGAAGCCAAGAUAGCAUUGGUACAGCUGUUGUCCUGCUUCAACCUAAAAGUUGUACCAAAGACACCAAUACCAAUUAAAAUAUCCAAGAGUGGCUUGGUUAUGACAGUAGAUGGAGGGUUCUGGCUGGGACUUCAGCAGAGAGUCAAAAAUGCUGCAAAAUAA